AUGUCGAUCAAACCUGAUGGCUGGCGGAGCCCUUCGGCGAGCCUGUACUUGGUGUACGGCCUGGUAGUUUUCUACGCCCUGUGCUACCAGCUGCAGGCUCCACUGGAACCCUUCUUAGUGGAACGGCUUGUGGGCAAGGAUAAUGCAUCAGAGGCCAGCGUGUCAUACGGACGCUUGCAGUCUCUUUUCUCAGGCAUUCAGAUGUUUGCCUCCCUUUUGUUUGGCCACAUACUCGACAAGGCAGGUGUCCGUGUAGGAUUCAUUCUCAAUUUCAUGGCGUGCGCUGCCACUUAUUUCUUGCUCUCUAUCACUGACUCCAUGGCCAUGCUGUACGCCUCCAAAAUUCCUGGGAUCGGAAUGGCUGGCUUCCUGUGUGCUCAGACUGCGGUCAGUGAGUUAACUGCAGCCGGUCCGGAGCGCGUCCAGGCACUCGGGCGUCUGACAACGGCCUACACACUUGGUGGCAUCGUCGGGCCAUACUGUGGCGGACUUCUGGGUGCGAAGGGUGAUUAUUUCCUGAGCGCGAAACUUGCCAUGCUCGGCUCCAUCUUAGCAGCAGCAGGGUGCAUCCUGCUACCCAGCAGUGCCAAAAGGACAGCAGACAAGAGCGAGGAAGACCGGGAGGCGAAAACAAACGCAUCCGAGCGGCUAUCCUGGGUCUCACGGAUCUGCAUUGUUCUGAGGGCAGCUGGCUUCUUGAGCAUGGUGAAGCUCAUCACUUCAACCUCGAACUCCAUGGCCUCUGCCACUCAAAGCUUGGUGUUGAAGAACGAACUGAAAUUUGCUGAGGCUGAUUUGGGCUUUUUUAUGUCUGCGCAGUUUGCUUUCGGUGCCUUUUCAAACGCAGUGCUGCUCGGUCCGGUGACUGAGCUCCUCGGGGGUGCGCCGCGUUUCGUUGUGCGAAACUGCAUCGUGGGCAUGGCCAUCGGUUAUUGCUUCCAAGCUUUCUUGAAUUCUGAUGUCGCAGGGAUCUCGUAUCUCAUGCAACCAAUCGUUCGCCAAUGCAGUUUCGUUGCUAUGGCACUACUUCUGUCGAUAUUCCAGUACAGCUUGGCAACCAGCAUCACAGCCGAAAACACGCAGUUGGUGCCCGAAGACAUGAAGGGUACUUUGAUAGGCAUGGAACACUGCAUUUUCUCAGCGGCUCGGGUUGUGACCCCAGCCAUGGGCAUCAACAUCUUGAACGAAUAUGGCAUGGGAGGACUGUAUGCUUCAUGUGCGUCAAUUUUCAUCGCAACCUACAUCCUUUGGGUCGUAGCGCAGGAAACCCAGGAGCCGCAGAUGGCCGACGAGGCAGCUUUCGAAGGGGAAGACAACAAGAGGCCUCACUGGGAUGCGCCAUCCAGAUGUGGCGCGUGUGCCGGUGAUCUCCAGGUCCCGCUCAGUCUACUCUCGCGUGCAUAUGCUGGGACUGGAUUCGGCGACGAUGCAGCAGACUGGGAGGGAUACCUAGCGGUGGAGAACGCCAACGGGUUUACGAACUCCGCCCUAUACGGCGAGGUCAACGAGCAAGAUUUUGCCGAGCUGCUGAGAGACCACCUGCUCCCUCCAGCACGUGUUUACGACCUCGGAAGUGGUACGGGGAAGCUCGUAAAUCUAGCUGCUGUGCUGGGUUUCCGAGCGACCGGUGUUGAGCUGGAGCCUGGACGCCAUCACAGAGCAUGCAGUGCAGCGAAGGCUAUGCUGCGGGUUCAGGCAGAUGUCGCAUUGGAAGGCUUGCAGCCCGUCCAGCCUCGGUUCCUCCUCGCCAGCUUUCUGGAUUUCGAUUUCUCAGAUGCGGACCUGGUCUGGGCAAAUUCCGUGGUUUUUAGCCCCGCGAUGAUGGAGGCUGUGGCGGCACAGGCGCGCAAGAUGCGCCCGGGAGCAUACGUUGUCAGCCACAAGCUGUUGCCUGGACCAGGCUUUGAACCAUGCGGCGACGCAUUCCUGAGGGUUUCCUGGCGGCCUGAGGGCCGAGUUUGUUUCAAAGUGCAGAAAGUGCUCGGCGAACCGAGCUAG